AUGUCAUACGCUUUGGCUUCUAAGAAGCGAAAGUUCCACCGCGUACUUGACUCAAUCUCGCUCGGCUCUUCCCAAAAGCCAGCAUCGCCCCAACUGUCAGUAGCAGGAGGAGACAAUUUAAUGCUCUCCGGAACGACGCAACCGAACCCUUCAAUAAAACGUGUUCGACUAUCACGAGACGAUAGCCCUGACAGUACGUCAGCUACUCCUUCGAACAGACUUAUUUCCCGGCAUUCAACACCCUCAACUACGUCCCUACGACCUAGCUUUGUGCCCUGGGAUCGCGAACGGUUCCUGGAACGGUUGGAGACCUUCCGCAACGUUGAACGAUGGAAGCCGCAGCCAGAUGCUAUAAAUGAAGUACAGUGGGCGAAGAGGGGGUGGUCGUGCACCGAUAAGGUUCGAGUGGAGUGUGUUGGCGGGUGUGGCCACUCCGUUGUUGUCAAGCUGCCUGACGAUAUAGAUGACUUGGAAGAAUAUGAUAGUGAAAAGAUAGCGGACCGGAAGGAAGUUCGAGCUCAAUUGGUCGUCAAAUAUCAAAGUUUAAUUGUCGAAGGGCAUGCAGAGAAAUGUCCCUGGCGGAAAUCUGGGUGCGAUGAUUCCAUCCAGCGUCUAUCCCUAGCGAAAGCAGAGCCAGCAUUGCAUAAUCUCCGAGCACGAUAUUUAAAUCUCUUGUCCGUUGGCGGUAGGCUGCCACCGAUGGAAACUCUCAAACUGCCAGAGAAAUUCGACAUAGGUCUUACAUUGUCGUCCUUGCCUCCUGGGGCUUUAAGUGACGACGUGAAGCCGAGUGAUAACACCACCGAAACAAAUACACCAAAAGAUGUCACUCCGAGCAAGGACAUGGAGAACUCCAACGAACAUCCGUCAAUUGUUACCAAUAAGACUGCGUUUACCCUUGCAUUCUUUGGAUGGGACGUCUCUGGAGAAGCAAGCGCGGGUCUAGCUGGUUGCAAAGCUUGUUUCAGGCGACUGGGUCUAUGGAUGUAUAUACCCAAGGAAGACGGAAGUGCUGCUCUUUACUCAGAACUGGAUAUUGUUAGCGAACACUUGGACUAUUGCCCUUGGAUAAACUCGGAGUCCCAGAGCGGAAGAAAGUCAGGACUAUGUGGCUGGGAAGCACUGGGGCGUGUUAUGGAAAGUGAGCAUCGUCGGCAAACGUGGUCUAAAAAUGAGACAUCGAAAGCUGAACAGGUGUCCACAAGCUCGACGGAACCUGCCCCUGAGCAAGCAGACGAGGAAACUAGAAAGACCAAAGACCGAGAAUGGUGGGCGAAACUUCGACGUGUUCGCCAGGCACUCCAGCCUAAGGGAGCCAAAAAGGCAAAACCCACUUGA